UGUCUGCCGGUUGCGCGCUAGACUCGCUCCGUUCACCGCCACUUUAAUCCGACUUAUAGUGCUCAACAAUAGCAUAAUAAAAUCAAAACAAAAAUGUGUAUCUGCAGAAAACGCAUGAAAAUUUUAUUUCGACACUUUUGAACAAUUGUAAAUAUUUUUGUGUUUGUAGAGUUGGAUAUCAUGAUAACAACCAUGACGUCAUUCAUAUUAAUUAAGACCAAUUCUUUUUUGUUGAGGAUGAAUAGAGAGGAUAACGUAAACUGGUUCCAUGGGAAAAUAUCACGAGAAGCUGCUGAGAACCUCUUAAAAGAAGAGGGCGAGGAUGGUGUUUUCCUGGUUCGGGAGAGCAAUACCUCACCUGGGGACUAUGUUCUAUCUGUGCUAUUUCAGGGUGAGGUGGUACACUACCAAAUACGCCGGCAUGGUGAAGAUGCAUUCUUUUCAAUUGAAGAGCACACCACAGUCCAUGGUCUUGACACACUGAUCCAGCACUAUCGUGGAGACUCUAAUGGGCUAGUGACACGUCUUGCUGUGAUUUGUAAAGGCUCUCCGCCACCACAUGAAUCACGAACACAAGGGACGACUAACUUGUUGCACCGAGCGACAGAAGCUGGUGACGUGAACGUGGUUUCCCAGUUGCUAGCAUGCGGGUACCGUAACCGCGACGCGAAGAAUCAAGAUGGCCAGACGGCGGUUCACAUCGCCGCUCGCUCCGGCCGCGAUAAGAUUCUCGAGAAACUUAUCGAGAGCGGGGCCACUAUUAACGUGCGGGAUUCUUUUGGCUUCACGCCUUUGCAUUAUACAUGUCAGAACAAUUUGCCAAGCACAACAGAGCUCCUGAUUACGAAAGGCCAAGCAAACUAUCAGAUGCGGCAUGCGCCCAGCGGCAAAGUGCCACUGCAUGAUGCAGCACAGAGGGGACACAUGGACUGUAUUAAGGUAUUAUUAAAGUUAAAGGCGCCUGCCCAUCCAAGGACGUUGGCGCAAGACACUCCCGCUGAUCUUGCCAAACACUACGGUCACACAGAGUGCUAUCUGUUACUCAAGAAUCACAAACCCGAAACGCCGAAAACGUCAAAAAGCCAAUGGUACCACGGGACACUAAACCGCGAUGAAGCAGUGAAGAUCUUACAGGAGUACUGCAAACAUCACAACUUGCAAGACAAAGCCACGGAAGGCGUCUUCCUUGUAAGAUAUAGCGAAAGACAUACUGGCGCGUAUGUGCUCACCAUGCUCAGUGAAAAUAAUCCUUAUAACUACAUUAUUAGAAAAGAGAACGACUGGCUGUUUAUAGACGAUGGACCGUACCUAGAAUCUCUAGAGCGACUGAUCGAGCACUACGGUACUGUACCCGACGGCUUGCCCACGCGCCUCACCAUAGCCGUACCGCCUAGACCGAAACCACCUCUGCCUGAAUUCUCAACUAUGCCUCGUACCAAGAAGCCAUCGCCGAGCCGCGCAGCUAUGAAUCAGACGUUAUCUCUAGUCAAGCACGAUAUCCUCAACGACAAAGACACGACACUUCCUAACUCAGCUCCAAUUCAUCCUUUCUCCAAUAACAACGCCUUUGAACUCCUAACAAGAAACCUCUCAUUUUCAUCAGACUUCAACAAUGAUAGUUUAAACAAUAACGAAGGUGGUGAUGACAAUGAUACGUACAAAGUGCCUGCGAAUAACAGUGCCGUAGUCACUCUUGCUGAGAAUUAUAAUGAAAUUUCUAUUAACUCCGAAGGCCAGCUCUCCACACUGCAAGAAUUCAUUCCAAUGUCCGAACUAACCCUGGGAGCAGUACUCGGCGAAGGCGAAUUUGGUUCAGUCCUCCGCGCUACGUACAAUACUCCAGAGCAGACGUCACAGCCGGUGGCCGUUAAAACGCUUCACAUGCAACACACCGACACCAAUAAGAGAGAAUUCCUUUCUGAAGCAAAACUUAUGAUGUCGUUGCGACAUAGGUGCAUUGUACGCCUUAUUGGAGUCUCCUUGGGUCCACCGCUAGCAAUGGUGCAAGAAUUGGUGCCUCUGGGAUCCCUACUGGAGUACCUAAUACGUCAUCCGGAGAAGGCAUCACCAAGCUAUGAGCUGCGGCUUUGGGCCUGCCAGGUUGCCGCUGGUAUGCGAUACUUGGAGCGACGACGGUUCGUCCAUAGAGAUUUGGCAGCUAGGAAUAUUUUACUUGCUAGCAGGCAUCAAGCUAAAAUAAGCGAUUUUGGUUUAUCGCGGGCGUUGUCUACAGACAGUUCGUACUAUAAAGCUAGCCGCGGUGGAAAAUGGCCUAUCAAAUGGUAUGCGCCGGAGUCGUACAACUAUGGUACAUUCAGUCACGCGAGUGACGUGUGGAGCUACGGCAUUACGCUAUGGGAGAUGUUCUCUUAUGGUGCUCAGCCUUAUGGUGAUAUGAGGGGAAUUGAGGCAAUACAAUUAGUUGAAAACGGCAAACGUCUUGAACGACCAAAGGACUGUCCAGAUGAAAUAUACCAAGUAAUGUUAGACUGCUGGGCAUAUAACCCGGACAAUAGACCGACGUUUAGCAACCUCGUUGAUGUGUUUUCGCAACACCCCGACUACGUCAACAUUAGCCAGUUGGCGCUUGAGAACGAAGAGUGAGUUUAAACGACGUGUGAGUUUAACUUAUUGGAAAACUGAUCAUUUCGAAAACGCAUAUAAGUAAAUUACGUACCUAUAGUUAUUACCUAUGACUGCGAAACAUAUUGUUAAGUCUGUCUAUAUUACGUACUUUGAAGACGUAGUUUAGUUGCAUAAAUACGUCAUUCUCGGGAUUAGUGCUGUUCUUUAACUAAUUUUCGUGGCAUAUUUCAUUGAUAAUAAACUCGAAUACUGAAAUAAUAGAAACUGUCACGGAGAUUAGGCAGUGAAUGUUAACUAGAACAUAACCGAAAUAACUGUCAAUUUUGUCUUUUUCAUUUUCGAAAAUGAGCUAGAAUACAAAGUAAGAUAGUCAAUAGUGUAUACAAAAAUACUAAAGAUGUGACUAUGCUAACCUCCUUCAUCGUCAUCCCACCUUUUUAUCAUCCUCUUUUCUGGUUCCUGGCCACGUUUAAUUUUUAAAUAUUGAGUCGUUUUCGAAUUCCCUUUUCCUGCACUAUUCCUAUGUUUGUUCUAUCAGUCGUCACUACCAUCAAAAUUCUUGAAAAUAAGUGACCAGAUAAUAGAAAAAGAUGAUAAAAAGUGGUAUGACGAUAAAGGUGAGCAUCGUCACAAGUGAACAUCGUCAAAGAUGAGUGCCCUACGGCAACAAAUUGAGCUUUAUUAAAAUUGGACACUGUUUUAGUUAAAAUAAAAACUUAGUCGCGAACAUCGAAUUUGCUUCUAGGUGUAUUUAUCUUGUGAAAUAACGUAUAAUGUGACAUACGUUAAUUAAUCACGCAAUCAACGACAUUUAAUAUAGUAUUUAAGAAGUUUGGUGUUUUAUUAAGUGUGAGUAAGAAACAAAGGACAUGCCAUUUAUGUGCCUGAUUGCGUACAUUGUACAAAAUUUAGAUUCUAAAAUAAUGAACUCGAAUGGUGUAAUAAAUUUCCACUUUUAUACUAUUUUUAUAUAGAGCACUUUUUAAACUCGUUGACUUUGAAUUGAGCUUUUUUAUAUUAAAUUUAAUAUAUCUUGAUGUAUUUUAAGUUUUUAUAAGCUUAUCUUGAGUGUAUUUUCUACGUAUUAUUUUCUGUACAUUGUUCCUUUAUAAGCCAAAAUGUAUUAAAUAUUCUCUAUCGAAAAUGAAACUACGUACAUGAUAUGAAACGUACAUUCCUUAUUUUAUUUACAUUAAUAAUUUACAAAUAGAAUUUAAUGAAAGAGAGCCUGUUAUAACUAUUAUUAACUCGUAUAAACUUUUUAUGACAAAACAAACAAUUGCUUAGAUAUGCCAUAUAUUUAGUAAUUUGCCAGCAUAUGAUUGCCGCGCGGUUGUGUUUCGUAUGUACAAAAACUGUAGUUACCCAAAUUAUAUCUCCUUAACAUUCAGAGAAUUUAUAUUAAAUUCUAUGAGUCUGAUUUAGCAUUAU